AUGCGAGGAUGGAAGCCAACCGAGACACCAUCAUUUAAGGUGUUAGGGGAUAAUCUUUUCUUGGUGGAAUUUGUGAACGAUAGGGACAAAAAAAGAGUAUUAGAGGGGAGACCGUGGGUCUUUGAAGAGAAUCUGUUUGGUGUUGAGGAAUAUGAUGGUCUAACGUCUCCAGCAAAUUUUACGUUCGACAAAGUGUCUUUUUGGGUUAGAAUGUUUAACCUUCCUCUAGGAUGUAUGAGCCUUGUAGUGGGUCAACAGAUUGGCUCGUCGCUGGGCCAGGUUGAGGAGGUAGAUGUGGAUGAGGGAAGCAUGGGAUGGGGUGCGUUCUUACGGGUUAAGGUUACCAUUGAUCUACAUAAACCCCUGGUGAGAAGGAGGAUGCUGAAAAUCAACGGCUCCUCAACGUUGGUUGGUUUUCAAUACGAAAGAUUGCCAAAGUUUUGUUGCCGAUGUGGAGUACUCAAACAUGGGAUGACUAGUUGCUCAGCAAACACUAGCUCGAGAAAGCAAAAUGCUCCUGUUGAGUAUAAGGCACGACUGCGUGGACCAUCGCCGAAGCGAGUUUUUGGAGGCAAACUUGGCCAUAAGGCAGAUUGA